AUGUCGUUGAGAGAGGUUGCUUUACCUGCGAAGGGUGUGGCGGAUCGACGCCCGUCGGGGCCAGCUCGGGCGACUGAGCUGAUCCCGGUGGCGGCCCCAUCCGGCCCCCCACUUAUGACGAACCGGCUUACGACAACUGACCACGACAGGAAUGACUCUUCGGAUUCUGAUGUGCUCUCUCGUGAUCGAGUGUUCAUCCUUAUGAACAAACUCGCUCACGGGGAUUCCUACCCGGGUCGAAAGGACGACGAGGCGACUAUACUCGCCUUCUGUAACAUUCGGAAGGGUGCCACUCUGCCGUACACGAGGCAGCAAGUGUCGGGUGUGCCACCGAGAGCCCCGCCGGUUGAAUCGCGCGAGUCUGCGGUCCCGGCGGUGGCGGCCUCGGCGGGAGUUGCGCCGCUGGCCUCGACCACUGAAGAGGUCGAUGUGCCCCCGGCUGCACCCCUGGUCCCCAAGACACGAGAAGAGCCCGUGGCUACGCUAGCUGCGGCCGCCGAGAUGCAGGAUAUCGACCUGCCUGACGCAAAUUUGGCUGAGGCCAUUGCCGAGUCAGAGCGCCGUGACACUGACUCUGACGCUGCCCGUGCGCCCAGAAAGCGCCGGGCUAUGACGCAUGACGACUCCGACACUCCCUCUCAGACGUCCGACACAGCGAGGCCGCGGAAGAAGGCCUCGAGGGCUUCCCGCCCUUCCACCACGGAGUCUGGGACGACUAUCGCGGGCUCCUCCGCGAGCGCCGCCUCGCCGAGACCGACGAAGACGCGGCGGCCCACUCGUCCACCUGCCACCUCCCGGCAGCCGGAUGAGGAUGGUUUUGUCGCCCCUCCCAGGCGGCGCACUGCCAGGGCUGCUGCGCUGCAGCAACCGACGCCUCUGCCGACCGCCAACGCGUUCGCGGGGGCCAGUGUGGACGCGACUGAAGAUGGUGCCUCGCCUCCUGUGUCGGCCCAAAAGAAGCCCCCGCCCAUCGUCAUCCAAUGGGCGGGAGGGUACAAGGAGUUCCAGCAAAAACUAGACAGGGCGGCCACGUCCGCCACUGUCAAGACUGCUGGCCGUGACCUCUACAAGGUCACGGUGUCCUCCAACGAGGAGUACCGCGCGGUGAUGGACACCAUCUCCAGAGAUGGCCUCCCGGGCCGAAACCACCGGAGCGGAGGGGCUGCUCCCUCUCGUAAGGUGCACCCAUCCACCAGCUUUGCUGCCGCCACCAAGGGCGGACCAUCAACCGCCACCGCCCGACGUUCGGAACUGGCGGCGGGCGAGACGAGGCAACCGGCCGCGCCGUCCCCGGCUUCGCCCGGGGGGGAGGCCAACCCAACACCCACGCAGAGCGCGCGUGUUGCCGCCCCGCGCAGGCGUCGCCGGCGCGCGGGCCGGGCCACCCAUGCCGCUGCACGCCGGACUGCCGAUGACACACUGCCGCAACAGACGACAGCACCUCGUGCUACGCCGCAACCGGCUGCCGACACUCCGCGGCAGUCGUCUACUACGGAGUUGCCGCAACCGGCCUCCCCAGUGGCGGAGGCCGCCCCAGCGGCCAACGCCGCCCCCUCGGCCACCGAUGCAGCCGAGCUCCUGUUCAUCCUUAUGAACAAACUCGCUCACGGGGAUUCCUACCCGGGUCGAAAGGACGACGAGGCGACUAUACUCGCCUUCUGUAACAUUCGGAAGGGUGCCACUCUGCCGUACACGAGGCAGCAAGUGUCGGGUGUGCCACCGAGAGCCCCGCCGGUUGAAUCGCGCGAGUCUGCGGUCCCGGCGGUGGCGGCCUCGGCGGGAGUUGCGCCGCUGGCCUCGACCACUGAAGAGGUCGAUGUGCCCCCGGCUGCACCCCUGGUCCCCAAGACACGAGAAGAGCCCGUGGCUACGCUAGCUGCGGCCGCCGAGAUGCAGGAUAUCGACCUGCCUGACGCAAAUUUGGCUGAGGCCAUUGCCGAGUCAGAGCGCCGUGACACUGACUCUGACGCUGCCCGUGCGCCCAGAAAGCGCCGGGCUAUGACGCAUGACGACUCCGACACUCCCUCUCAGACGUCCGACACAGCGAGGCCGCGGAAGAAGGCCUCGAGGGCUUCCCGCCCUUCCACCACGGAGUCUGGGACGACUAUCGCGGGCUCCUCCGCGAGCGCCGCCUCGCCGAGACCGACGAAGACGCGGCGGCCCACUCGUCCACCUGCCACCUCCCGGCAGCCGGAUGAGGAUGGUUUUGUCGCCCCUCCCAGGCGGCGCACUGCCAGGGCUGCUGCGCUGCAGCAACCGACGCCGCUGCCGACCGCCAACGCGUUCGCGGGGGCCAGUGUGGACGCGACUGAAGAUGGUGCCUCGCCUCCUGUGUCGGCCCAAAAGAAGCCCCCGCCCAUCGUCAUCCAAUGGGCGGGAGGGUACAAGGAGUUCCAGCAAAAACUAGACAGGGCGGCCACGUCCGCCACUGUCAAGACUGCUGGCCGUGACCUCUACAAGGUCACGGUGUCCUCCAACGAGGAGUACCGCGCGGUGAUGGACACCAUCUCCAGAGAUGGCCUCCCGGGCCGAAACCACCGGAGCGGAGGGGCUGCUCCCUCUCGUAAGGUGCACCCAUCCACCAGCUUUGCUGCCGCCACCAAGGGCGGACCAUCAACCGCCACCGCCCGACGUUCGGAACUGGCGGCGGGCGAGACGAGGCAACCGGCCGCGCCGUCCCCGGCUUCGCCCGGGGGGGAGGCCAACCCAACACCCACGCAGAGCGCGCGUGUUGCCGCCCCGCGCAGGCGUCGCCGGCGCGCGGGCCGGGCCACCCAUGCCGCUGCACGCCGGACUGCCGAUGACACACUGCCGCAACAGACGACAGCACCUCGUGCUACGCCGCAACCGGCUGCCGACACUCCGCGGCAGUCGUCUACUACGGAGUUGCCGCAACCGGCCUCCCCAGUGGCGGAGGCCGCCCCAGCGGCCAACGCCGCCCCCUCGGCCACCGAUGCAGCCGAGCUCCUGCCCGCCAUAACUACUACGGAGUUCCCUCCCCUGAGCGUCAUUACAUCACACCCUUCUGUUCCCGAUUGCGAUCUCCAGAAUAAGAAGCGACCGUUGGAAACGACCGAUGACGGCUCGGACGGCGAGUCCGCCCGUAAUUCGCCUUCCACCCGCAAGCAGAAGCAGUGUAAUGCGGAUGUGCUCGAGGAAACAAACAGUACAUGUAUUGACGUGACGACAGCCGCUGAGGCAACCCGGCCGCUGUCGGCGGCUGAACAGGUACAAACGGUCCACGGAGGGGACGCAGUAACGAUUGUCGCGGAGACGGAAGAGGCGCACUCCGAAGCACAAGAGGUGACGGAGCGGAACCCAACUCAAGAACUUACAGACCCACAAACCGCCGACUCAGUCAGUGCUCUGGAGCUAGUGACGGAAGAACAAGGAAAUGGCACUCGUAAAAAGGACGCUGUUGAGGCAGCUUCGGUCACAACGGUGGUAAAGAUAGACAAUCCGAAUGACGGCGCGUUGAACCAAGAUGUCCGAAGACGCCGACUCAAACCGCUACCUACUCUCAAAGCUUCCCGUAACCAAAGCAAACAACAACCAGCACAAGAGGAAGCGACGGCCAAGAACGUCUUGUAUGAAAUCAUCACGGAAAGACCUAAGGAGGUACCUUCAAGUGACAUUAGUGAUGCAAAGCCCCUCGUGCCCGCCAUAACUACUACGGAGUUCCCUCCCCUGAGCGUCAUUACAUCACACCCUUCUGUUCCCGAUUGCGAUCUCCAGACUAAGAAGCGACCGUUGGAAACGACCGAUGACGGCUCGGACGGCGAGUCCGCCCGUAAUUCGCCUUCCACCCGCAAGCAGAAGCAGUGUAAUGCGGAUGUGCUCGAGGAAACAAACAGUACAUGUAUUGACGUGACGACAGCCGCUGAGGCAACCCGGCCGCUGUCGGCGGCUGAACAGGUACAAACGGUCCACGGAGGGGACGCCGUAACGAUUGUCGCGGAGACGGAAGAGGCGCACUCCGAAGCACAAGAGGUGACGGAGCGGAACCCAACUCAAGAACUUACAGACCCACAAACCGCCGACUCAGUCAGUGCUCUGGAGCAAGUGACGGAAGAACAAGGAAAUGGCACUCGUAAAAAGGACGCUGUUGAGGCAGCUUCGGUCACAACGGUGGUAAAGAUAGACAAUCCGAAUGACGGCGCGUUGAACCAAGAUGUCCGAAGACGCCGACUCAAACCGCAACCUACUCUCAAAGCUUCCCGUAACCAAAGCAAACAACAACCAGCACAAGAGGAAGCGACGGCCAAGAACGUCUUGUAUGAAAUCAUCACGGAAAGACCUAAGGAGGUACCUUCAAGUGACAUUAGUGAUGCAAAGCCCCUCGGUAAAACUAAAACCCGAGAUGUUCGGAAUCCUGCACCAAAAUGA